CAAGACUGGCUGCACAGCUGCCGCCGAAUUUAAAGAGACAGGCAAUAGUUUUUUUUAAAUAUCAUAAUCAGCAACCAUUGUCUCAAAGCUUGUUUUCCGAAGCUUCACUCUGAUAUCGCGUACCAGCAGUAGUUACUCGUUGGACCGAUAAUGGCGUUUAAUCAAAGUAGCAUCGAGUCGUAGCUUAUUCCCAUCACAGUUACUUGGCUGGAUUUUCCUUAUUUUGCUUGCUGGCUAAGAUCUCUUACUAGCUAGCUAGCCAACUAAGCGUUGCUAGCUAGCUAGCUUCCCGACGAAGAGCAAGAUUUUUGUCGGCUAGCCAACAACCAGAUACCAAAGCGUAUAAUCAACCAAGUAGUAGUACCUAUAUGCCUGCUACUAUCUCCGGGAUCAUGGCAAAAAUUCAGGCACACAGCAACACGAAGCAAAUAAACCAAAUUCAAGACAAGGCCUAUGUUGUACAAAAGCAAGUGCAACAACAGCACUUUCAAAAACUGAAGGUAAGAGACGGUAACCAAAAAGGGAAAAGUCUUACUCAGAACCAUUUUGUGUUCGUCAGAUAUUGUAUUUAUCUUCAUGCUAAGGAGUUAACGUUAGCUAGAUAGCUAAUCAUAAGGGGUUCUGAAUGGAAUGUUGUAUGAACAGUACUUUAGUGUAGGUUAACUAACGCCAGAUAACUUGGAUUAUUCUAUUGCGUUAGACACGAUUUGAAAAAUCAUUCAUUGGGUCAUCCAGAUACACCACAGACUAGAACAUAUCUAACUAGUUGCUUUGGCUGGUUAGCUAGCUACUUUCCAUUGUCGGAUAACUUUGGGCAUCUGAAGUUCCUUGUUCACAUUUUCUGCCCGCACUGCCAGAAAAAAGUCAAAUUUGCGUUGUCUAGAAUGGGAUGGUGUUUGUUGGCACAAAAUGGGAGACCUGUCUUUAAAUACACACUAUUGCUAGGUAGUUUGUAAUCCGACAACUAACUAGCCAACAUACAGUAACGUUACACGUUGGUUUACUUGCCAGCUAGGUUAUGAAUAGGGUUUUCUCAAUACGCCAUGCUAACAUUAGCUAUUGUAUUGUUUAUUCGUAUUGCUUAUUUUCAAUCGAUGAAAAUAUGCCACACAUAACCAUCGUUUUUGUUAGCUAGCUAACGUUAACCAUACAGUUUAUCUACGUUUUCUUACUUGGCCAGAUUUGAACUACAAUGCACCCAAGGUGUUCUGAUUAUAGCAAACACAGCCAAUUUUCUUUUUCCAUCUCUUGCUCAGCCUAGUUAACUGCUUAUUGUUUGCAGUGUAACUACAAAUAAUAGUGGUAGGUAGUUGGAUGGAUAGCUAAAUGAGUUCAAGACAUCAUGCCAUAAGUUAUUCAGCUAAUGACUUAAUUGAAGAGCAACAUAACUAAUUUGCCCGUUUGUGAAUGUGUAAUAACAGUGAUAAAAUCACACACACAUACACUAGCAUCCUUGUUGAUGAUCUGUCUUUAACCUGGACCCCUUCAUUUCUAGCAUCGUAUGGAAAUAAAAAUAUACAUUUUUAUAUGCUCUAAAUGUUUUCAUUUGGUUUCACACCAUUAUCUUUACCUUCAGGUUGAAGAUGCCCUAUCAUACCUGGACCAAGUGAAAAUUCGAUUUGGGAAUGACCCUGGAAUAUACAACAAAUUUCUUGACAUAAUGAAAGAAUUCAAAUCACAAAGGUAUCACAUUUCCCUUUCCCAUUUGUUGAUACAGUGCCUUGCAAAAGUAUUCAUCCCCCUUGGCGUUUUUCCUAGUUUGUUGCAUUACAACCUGUAAUUUAAAUGGAUUUUUAUUUGGAUUUAAUGUAAUCGACAUACACAAAAUAGUCAAAAUUGGUGAAGUGAAAUGAAAAAAAUAACUUGUUUCAGAAAAUUAAAAAAAAUAAAUAACGGAAAAGUGGCGCGUGCAUAUGUAAUAUAAUAAUAAUAAUAAUAAUAAUAUGCCAUUUAGCAGACGCAUUUAUCCAAAGCCACUUACAGUCAUGUGCGCAUACAUCUUUACGUAUGGGUGGUCCCGGGGAUCGAACCCACUACCCUGGCGUUACAAGCGCCAUGCUCUACCAAUUAAGCUACAGAGGACAACUUUGUAUGCACCCCCUUUGCUAUGAAGAACCUAAAUAAAAUCUGAUGCAACCAAUUACCUUCAGAAGUCACAUAAUUAGUUAGAUUGCACACGGGUGAACUUUAAGUGUCACAUAAUCUCAGUAUAUAUACACCUGUUCUGAAAGGCCCCAGAGUCUGCACCAUGAAGACCAAGGAGCUCUCCAAACAGGUCAGUGACAAAGUUGUGGAGAAGUACAGAUCAGAGUUGGGUUAUAAAAAAAUAUCAGGAACUUUGAACAUCACACUGAGCACCAUUUUUAAAUCCAUUAUUAAAAAAUGGAAAGAAUAUGGCACCACAACAAACCUGCCAAGAGCGGGCCGCCCACCAAAACUCACAGACCAGGCAAGUAGGGCAUUAAUCAGAGAGGCAACAAAGAGACUAACAAUAACCCUGAAGGAGCUGCAAAGCUCCACAGUGGGGAUUGGAGUAAAAAAAAUAAGCAAACACAUUUGGUGUUUGCCAAGAGGCAUAUGGGAGACACCCCAAACAUAUGGAAGAAGGUACUCUGGUCAGAUGAGACUACAAUUGAGCUUUUUGGCCAUCAAGGAAAACGCUGUCUGGCGCAAACCCAACACCUCAUCACUCCGAGAACACCAUCCCCACAGUGAAGCAUGGUGGUGGCAGCAUCAUGCUGUGGGGAUGUUUUUAAUCGGCAGGGACUGGGAAACUGGUCAGAAUUGAAGGAAUGAUGGAUGGCCCUAAAUACAGGGAAAUUCUUGAGGGAAACCUGUUUCAGUCUUCCAGAGAUUUGAGACUGGGACGGAGGUUCACCUUCCAGCAAGACAAUGACCCUAAGCAUACUGCUAAAGCAACACUCAAGUGUUUUAAACAUUUAAAUGUCUUGGAAUGGCCUAGUCAAAGCCCAGACCUCAAUCCAACUGAGAAUCUGUGGUAUGACUUAAAGAUUGCUGUACACCAGCGGAACCCAUCCAACUUGAAGAAGGAAAAAAAAAGGAGCUGGAGCGGUUUGCCUUGAAGAAUGGGCAAACAUCCCAGUGGCUAGAUGUGCCAAGCUUAUAGAGACAUACCCCAAGAGACUUGCAGCUGUAAUUGCUGCAAAAGGUGUCUCUACAAAGUAUUGACUUUGGGGGGGUGAAUAGUUAUGCACGCUCAAAUAAUUUUUUUUUUUUCACAACAACAAAUAUUUUGCAUCUUCAAAGUGGUAGGCAUGUUGUGUAAAUCAAAUGAUACAAACCCCCCAAAAAACUAUCAAUUUUAAUUCCAGGCUGUAAGGCAACAAAAUGGAAAAAUGCCAAGGGGGGCGAAUACUUUCACAAGCCACUCACUGUACAUAGCUUUUUUUAUACUAUUGAAGUUACUCUUAAAUUAUGUUGAGAAGCAGAUUUUCUUAAUGCCAUCUCGUUUAAGGUCUCUUCCUCUGUCCCAAUGAAAUUUGUCAAAUCUUUCUUUCCUUCAUAGCAUUGACACACCGGGUGUUAUAAACCGGGUGUCUCAGCUCUUCCACGGGCACCCGGACCUUGUCUUAGGAUUCAAUGCCUUCCUGCCCCCAGGGUAUCGGAUAGAGAUUCCCAAGAAUGGAGUGGUUUUCCUUCAGUCCCCAUUCUCUGCCCAGGUGGGUCACUCCUAAAUGUGUAUUGAUUUGGUUUACAGACAACUCUAAUACUGGCUGCCUAUGCACAACAUUUGUAACCCAGUUUUAUUAAUCAACUAUUAUACCAAGUACUGGCAGUAGGCCUAUAUAUAAGUGGAGUUUGCCACAACUUCUCCACAAGAGCAGACCAAAAUGGUCAGACAUCAAGGUGCUCUUAUGACGCAUGUUGUGAAGUUAAUUUAUGUUAACCACGAGUGACCCUUUUUCUUUGGUAGGUGUCCCCAGGUCAGGGGAAGAGUAUGGCAAGCCCUGCUGUGAGUGCCACAGGCUCAUCUGUUGCUGAAGUUGGAUCUGCCCAAAGUGAAGCUGUGGCAUCGCCUGAAAGUAUCUACUCAUCCUCUGGGCCCCCAGAGCCUCCUAGUAGACUGUCCUUGCCACUCCCCAGUCGAGAGAGCCCAUCCCAGCCACAGUCCUCCUCAGUGUCCCCCCCUGCCUCAGAGCCCAGCCCAGUAGAAUUUGACAGUGCCAUCAGCUAUGUCAACAAGAUCAAAAACCGCUUCUUAGACCAUCCAGAGAUCUACAGAUCCUUCCUUGAGAUACUACACACUUACCAGGUACACUGUGUCAUCAAUAUGGUAAUUGAUUUGUUUUUCUGUCAAUUGAAAACAAUAUAUUAGUUUGAUAUAAAGUGAAGUCUGCUUAAAGUGAAGUUGUUUGCUAGCAUCAAGGCUACUUUAAAUUUUUGCAGAUUAGUGUGUAUCAUAUCACAGGUUCUCCGAUGGAAUAAUUGUCUGUUUUUGUCUUUUCAGAAGGAGCAGCUUGAGGUCAAGGAGAGCCGGGGUCAUGGUAGUAGUGGGAUGACAGAGGAUGAAGUUUUCUCGAAAGUGGCCAGCCUCUUCAAAGGCCAAGAGGACUUACUGGCUGAGUUUGGACAGUUCUUACCAGAUGCUAAGAGAUCACUGGUCAGUAUUUUCCCCUUCUUUCUGAGAGCGUCCUGUCCAUGGUCAUUUUCUGUUAUCAGUUGACUUUCAGUGCAAUUUGUGUUUCUAUAUCGAACUAUCAGUUCUGUGUCCUUUCAGUUCACUGGCAGCUCCCUGACAGGGAAAGACCAUCUGAAGAGGGACGAGGACAUGAGCAAGAAGAGACCCAGGCCCAUGCUGCUGCCUCACAUGACACCACUGCUCAAGGUCUGGACUUAAUCACACAUUUAUACACGUCUGCAUUUUCCUAGAAGACAUUUACUGUAUGUGAUUGGUUCUGUUUUUUUGUUUUUAGAAAAAGAUGAAGUUUUCAUGCUCCAAAGACCAGUCCUUUGCCUCAGUUGGGAAGCAUGGAGUCUUGCGGGAGUUCACCUUUUUUGACAAGGUAAUGCUCAAGACAGCCCAGGUAAUGCUCAAGACAGCCCAAUGCUCAAGACAGCCCAUAAUGUGUUUUGGCUGUGACAGAUGUCAUGAAAGCCUUGGUCACCAAUUACGAUUUUUAAAAAAAUUCCAAUUUGUUGCAGCUUCGCCGUUUCUUCAAGAGUCGGGAGGUAUACGAGAACUUCCUCCGCUGCAUUGCUUUGUUUAACCAGGAAGUGGUUUCGGGAGCAGAGCUGCUGCAGCUUGUCACUCCCUUUCUGGGGUAAGUGGAUCGUGGGAGGUUUCAGGGAGAACAGUCACUGAUGUCUGUCUCAGUAAAUAAAUGCAUAAUGAUAUUAUUGUACUGCAUGAAGGGCAGUAUGUUUUGCCAAGUCUCCUCUUGAGCCAUUCAUUCAUUUGUACAUGUUCAUUAUUUCCUCCAGGAAGUUUCCAGAGCUAUACACCCAGUUCAAGUCUUUUCUGGGAGACAAGGAGCUCUCUCAUUCAGUGUCUGGCUUGUCAGACCGAUACAUGGAAGGAGGUGGGGGCAGGGAGGUCGACUAUGCCUCUUGCAAGCGCCUGGGAUCCAGCUACAGAGCACUACCCAAGACUUACCAGCAGCCCAAGUGCAGCGGUCGCACUGCCAUCUGCAAAGAGGUGCUCAUAACUGAAAGCAGUUCUGUAUUUAUUUAAAGUUUUGCCAUUCCAGCACCUCUGAUUUCUAUUUCAAGUGUAUAGCCCUUUUUUGAGUCUGGUAGGAGACACUACAAAGUUGUUGGCUGAAGGCUUGCUAUAUGGCCUUGACAGGGAUCACUAUUGCUCCAAUAGCUGUGAAUCUACUUCCAUGGUCGUUUUGUUUAAGCUGCUACAUGCCAGUGCCUCGUGAUUAUCCACAUUUAUUCAAAGUUAAACUUAGCUAACGCUUAUUCAGUGCUUUUGUCUUGAUAUCUAUAUCAGAAGAUUGAGGAUGGGGUAAUUUAUUAAAGAUCAAUCGGAAUUGAAUGUCAUUUUGUAUUUCGCCAAUCAACGGCUUCUGGUUGGCAUCAAUGAUAAUAUUCUCAGUUGUAUGGAAAAUGAAAGUAAAACCAAAAUACUGUAUUUCCAGGUGCUGAAUGACACCUGGGUGUCCUUCCCCUCGUGGUCGGAGGACUCUACGUUUGUGAGCUCAAAGAAAACCCCAUACGAGGAGCAGCUUCAUCGCUGUGAGGACGAAAGGUUUGAGGUGAGCAAGCCGAGAUAUCAGAAGUACUACUACUACAGCCACCAACUACAUGCAAACAAACUAUUCUCCCUUAUCUACCCAGAGCAUCACUGCAGAAUCACUUUUGAGGACCUUAUUCGAGAAACAUUUUCUCACUGUUAUUUUCCUGUUUCCUCCAGUUGGAUGUGGUCCUGGAGACUAACCUGGCCACCAUCCGGGUCCUGGAGAGCGUUCAGAAGAAACUGUCCCGUCUGUCGCCUGAGGACCAGGACCGCUUCCGUCUGGACGACUGUCUGGGAGGCACCUCUGAGGUCAUCCAGCGCCGAGCCAUCUACCGUAUCUAUGGCGACAAGGCCCCUGAGAUUAUAGAGGGGCUGAAGAGGAGCCCUGCUACUGCCGUGCCUGUGGUGCUCAAGAGGUCAGGGUGCACACACGUACACAUGCAGAGAUUUGACCCAAAUUACUUGACCAAUGUGAAUCUUGCUGUGUGUUAAUUCUUCUGUCCUCUCCGCUGUGUCUGUAGAUUGAAAGCGAAGGAGGAGGAGUGGAGAGAAGCCCAGCAGGGAUUCAACAAGAUCUGGAGGGAGCAGUAUGAGAAGGCCUACCUCAAGUCCCUGGACCACCAGGGGGUCAACUUCAAGCAGAAUGACAUGAAGGCCCUUCGAUCCAAGAGCCUGCUCAAUGAGAUUGAAAGUGUUUAUGAUGAGGUGAGUACUCCGAUUCAAUCUACUUUCUUUGUAUUCGCCCGACCGAUAAAUCAAAGGUUCUUAGAAAGGAGGUGUUCUCCUGUGUUGUCUAACCUGUGUGUUUGUCCCCCUCAGCGUCAGGAGCAGAGCACAGAGGAGGGGGGCGUGGUCCAGCAGGGGCGUGACGGGAGCAGCAGGGCAGCGGUCAGCGAGCCCCACAUGGUGUUCACCUACGAGGACAAGCAGAUCCUAGAGGACGCCGCCUCCCUCAUCAUCUACCACGUCAAACGCCAGCCCACCAUCCACAAGGACGACAAGGACCACAUCAAGCGCAUCAUCCAGCACUUUGUCCCUGACCUCUUCUUCUCCCGCCGCGGCGAGCUCAGCGAGACGGAGGAGUGGACGGACGAGGAGGUGGAGGAGAGAGGAGACAGGGGAGGAGGAGGUGGCAGUGUACCAGGAGCCGUAGCAGCACCAGGCAGUCAGCAACAACAACCGCAGCAGCUGAACGGGGAGUCGAGGCGGCGGCGCUGUACCUCUCCUCAGACAGUGGAGCUGGGUGGAGCCUCCUCCCACAGCCUGGCUCCAGAGGGAGGGGAGAAGGUGGACCUGAGAGACCCUGAGGCAGAGCACCAGAAGGAGCUGGACGGAGUCUACAACCUGUUCUUCGUCAACAACAACUGGUACUUCUUCCUGCGGCUGCACCAGACCCUGUGCCAGCGGCUGCUGCGGGUGUACCGGCAGGCGGAGAGGCAACUGCUGGAGCACCGGGCAGAGCAGAACCGUGAGAGGCUUCUGAUGGCCGAGGGCCGCGACUUGGCCAUGGAGCUCCGCCUCAAACAGCCCAGUAAGAACCUCUUAGAUCUAAUGUCCUUCAUAUUUAGUAGCCUGAAUUUCUUUGAGUAUAGGAGAGGGAACAUUAGGCUCAAGUAUGCAAUGUUAUUUGAGAGGGAAGUUCUGUAGCUAGCUAGUGUCUGUUCAAUGACCUUUGAACUCGCUCUACAGGUGAGGUGGAACUGGAGGAGUACUACCCAGCGUUCCUGGAUAUGGUGCGCAGUCUUCUGGAUGGGAACCUGGAGUCCACGCAGUAUGAGGACACACUGCGGGAGAUGUUCACCAUCCACGCCUACAUUGGCUUCACCAUCGACAAGCUCAUCCAGAACAUCAUUAGACAGGUCAGUGGUGUGUCUCUCUAGUUGCCAGUUUUCAUUAAGAAUCUACAGAACCAGAUGCAUGUUCGUUAACUACCUAUUCAUUCUUUACCUCAAGAAUAUAGUGAUCCUGAAGUGUUUAACUGUUCUCUGAGUGCCUGUAGGUUUUCCUUUCGCUAAACUGACAUGCCAUUUCUCUCUCUCUUCCUGCAGCUGCAGCACCUGGUGAGUGACGAGGUGUGUCUGCAGGUGGCGGAGCUGUACCUGGCCGAGAGGAAGAGGGGCGCGGCGGGGGCUAACCUGUCGUCCCAGUGUGUGAGAACAGCCUGGGAGACCAACUACCAGUGGAAGUCUGAGAGGGUCAUGGCUGAGGAGAACUGCUUUAAGGUAACGGCCUGCCCUGGGGACAAAUGCUGAGCUUUGUAUAUUUGAAGAGAUUUUCUGUAUAUUUUAUUUGGGUGAAGCGGGAUGGUUUUGUUCGUAGGAGUUCAGCUGCUGCUUAUUGUAACAGAGAUUUAAUGCGUUCUGAAACCGUCUUAAGUGUUGAUCAUUGAUGUUUAAUGGCUUGCUGGGAUGUGAUUUAUUUUGUAGGUAAUGUUCAUUCAGAACAAAGGCCAGGUGACAUUGACCAUUGAGCUGCUGGACACCGAGGAGUCCCAGACUGAUGAUCCAUUGGAUGUACAGGUAAAGAAUCCUACGGACAGUCGCACUGUUAGCACCUUUAGAAUGUCAUAGUAUUCCCUUUGGACAUGAACAUAGACUGGCCUUGAAUAGCAACCUGCUGUGCCCUAAAGCAGAAUGUCAUAGUAUUCCCUUUGGACAUGAACAUAGACUGGCCUUGAAUAGCAACCUGCUGUGCCCUAAAGCAGUGGUAUUCAAAGUCGGGGUUGGGAACUGCAGUGGGGUCGCCCCAAUUUUUUUUUUGACUGGAUGACUCAAUAGGUCUUCAGUAGCUGGAACCAAAAAUUAACAAUACAUAUAUACAACGUUUUUGAGAAAGAUCAUUUGAUAAAGCACAUUUAUUUAUUGGUUUCUUUUAAUUUUGAUGAGAGAUGAAAAUGUAAUGAAUUGAAGUUUAUUUGUUGAUGUAAAAAUGUACUGAUUUUUAAGGUUGUCCUUAUUUUUGCCCCAAAAAAUGGGGUCCCCUGAAAUUCUAGUGGAAAAUAAAAAUCAGUUCCCUGCUGAAAUAGUUUGAAUACCACUGACCUAAAGCAGGGUUUACCAAACUCUGUCCUGGGGCCCCCCCUGGCUGCAUAUUUUGGUUUUUGCCCUAGCAAUACACAGCUGAUUUAAAAUAACCAACUCAUCAAGCUGUGGCAGGAUGAGUUUGGGAAACCCUGCCCUAACGGAACCCUAGAACAGUAGGGCCUGCACCAGCUUUUGAAGGGGCAGCUUUCUUUAUACAGGUUGAGGUUAAUAAAUUGUCAACAUUAUUAUUGCUCCCAACCACUUUGAAAACUAAAUUAAGCAAUAAGGCCAAGGCCAGAAGGUGUGGUAUAUGGCCAAUAUAACACGGCUAAGGGCUGUUCAUACCACGACGCAACGCUGAGUGCCUGGAUACAGCCCUUAGCCGUGGUAUAUUGGCCAUAUAUCACAAACCCCUGAGGUGCCUUAUUGCUAUUAUAAACUGGUUACCAACGUAAUUAGAGCAGUACAAAUAAAUGUUUUGUCAUACCCGUGGUAUAGUCUGAUAUACCACAGCUUUUAGCCAAUCAGCAUUCAGGCUCAAACCACCCAGUUUAUAAUGACCAAUAAACCCUGAUUGAGUUUAUGGCCUUUGUUAUUUAAUCUCACAGUUUAGUGCUUUGAAAUGGCAUUGUUUUGAUAUUGAUACAUUUUUCUCUAUCCCUGUUCAGUGCCUGUCCAGCUAUAUGGAACAGUUUGUAGGGACCAAGUCAACGCUUUGCUCGCAGAAUGAAGGCUACUUUUUCAAACCUGUAUUUUUGCCCAGGUGAGAUAUUCACGCUAUUACCUUUGGUUGUGAUGUCCAUAUCUUGGCCAUUGAAUGAAGCCACAUGAUUUCCCUAGACGUUACACAGCAAUGCUGUGUUUUCACAUAGUCAUUUCACUAUCUUAACUAAUGACUGUCAAAAGCACUGCAGUGCAGAUAGUUCGUUUCUGCUCGCCAUAACAGCCAAGCACAAAAUGAGUCCUAGCAUAUCAGGCUCUGAUUUGAAUAUGACUGUCCCUUGCUUCACUGUGGUCCUCUGUCUGAACCACAGUAUUUUCCCUCUGGUGUGUGUGUGUAGGAACCUGAGGCACUUCAGACGCUGGCAGGUGCGCCAGGUGGAGGCGAUGCGCUGCAGACGGGAGUGGCACAGACAGCUGGGUGUGGAGAGUGCUGGCAGCCUGGACUGCCGCUUUAAACUCAACACCCACAAGAUGGUGUUCGUCAUGAACUCUGAGGACUACAUGUACCGCCGGGGAGCGCUGGUCAAAGCCAGGAAGGUAGCUAGGACCAUUUUAUGUCUAGGAUUGCAUGUGUGAGGUGAAGAAAAGUUAAGUUGGGCAUUGAACGAGAAGGGACAAGAUUAUAUAUGAAGUUAUUUAUAGCUACAGAUCGCAGACAAAUUCUGCUUCCAACACUUUUAAAGUGUUAUGUGUCUUGUUUUGGCAUCAGCUAGACAUCGUCAUGGCACUUAUCAUCCAGAGUGCUUCCACUGUGGAAUGUUGUCCCUUUAAGACACUGUCUGUAGGUCUGACAGUGACUGACUCUUCCCAUCUGUCUCUCUCCCACAGUCCCAGCACAGGGUCGCUGUGAACCAGCACGAGCGCUUUGACAAGUGGCACCAGGGCUGGCUAGCGGAGCAUGUGAUCCCGGCGGCCGAGCGCUCGGUCCACGACUGGCUGAUAGGUGAGGAGAUGGAGGACAUGAUCCCGUGCAAGACCACCUGCCUCAACACACAGGUCAAAGGCCUGCCUGUCAACAGAUACCAGGUGCAUUACAGUAGGAAACCCACCUCUCCGUAGAGGCCACACACACUCACUACACACACAUGGAGAGCGAUGGACUUGGCAGACAUGUUGAGACUGAGAGACCAGGGCAUCCUGGGGGAAUCCAGCACAGAACACAGGAGAUCUUCAUCUGACUCACCCAUGCUGCUUCUCUGUUCACACAGUCAGCAGUGCAAGCAGAGUGAUGGGAGAUUCAAAUCAUUGAGUUUGUUUCAGAAAUGUGAAUGUCUCUUUUUUUUAAGUCCAUUGUAGUUUUUAGCUUCUGAAGCCAGAGGGCCUUUUUGUUUGUUUGUAUAUGUUUAUACUGAAGUACUGAGAGAAAUGGUUAGAAAAAAUGUGUCAUACUCCAUUGUCUUUUGUACAGUAAGCUGAACUUAAGUAACUGCAUUACUGUAUGUGCAUAUACAACUGUACACAUUUUAUAUAUGCAUUUACAUGAAUAUGAAUGAAAUUUAAAAUGUCCAUGGAUCUAAGUGUUUUCUGGCAGCCAAUUCUUGACAUUUUCUUUGUCUUGUGACUAAUCUAAAAAUUGAUGAUUGCCAAGGUGACGAGUCCUCACUAUUGAUUCAAUUUUAUUAAUUUUAUGGAACAUUGGAAUUAUGUAUCAUUCAUGAUUUCACCAAAUCUUUACUUUGUCAUUUUGCAUACUAAAAUAAACAAAAUCAGUGUUAAAAAAAGAAUGUAUAACAUUUAUCCUGUAUCAGUUAUCAUGAAAAUAAACAACCUAGUUGUGAACUUCUUAAACAGCCUGGAAAAGCCUGGUCUUUUCUUUCAUUUGAUUGUGUUGGGCUGCAGAACUUGUAAGGUAUGGG